AUGUGGUUAUUAUUACAAACCAUUUUGCUCAUUUUGCUUUAUUUCUCUUUUUCUUAUGCUGUAUCAUCUUCUGAUAUCAUCUCUCCCUCCUGUCAAUUACAGGGACAAUUUAAUCUAAAUGGGAAUAAAAAAACUGGAGAUGUCAUUCUGGGUGGACUCUUUCCAGUCCACUUUUUUAGAAGUGUUCCUGACCUGUCUUUUAUCUCAGACCCCCAACAGCCUAAAUGCCAUGGUUUUUAUGAACUAGGAUUUAGACUGGCACAAACCAUGGCUUUUGCUAUUGAUGAGAUCAACAGCAACUCCAAUCUGCUACCUAAUGUCACUCUGGGAUACACUCUUUAUGAUAACUGCGUCAACCUUGGAAUUGCAUUUCGUGCAGCAUUGUCUUUAGCCAGUGGUCAAGAGGAAAAAAUUAUAUUAGAUAAUACAUGUAUUGGAAAUCCUCCAGUCUUAGGGAUUGUUGGUGAUUCUCCCUCGGCACACUCUAUUGCUAUCUCAAGCAUUUUAGGUUUGUACAGAGUACCUAUGGUGAGUUACUUUUCCACGUGUUCCUGCCUGAGUAACCAUCAAAAAUAUCCAUCCUUCUUUAGGACGAUCCCAAGUGAUGUCUUCCAGGUUCGUGCUAUGAUUCACAUUCUAAAACAUUUUGGCUGGACUUGGGCAGGUCUGCUCGUCAGUGAUGAUGAUUAUGGACUUCAUGCAGCAAGAUUCUUACAAUCUGAGCUCAGUCUGUCUGGUGAAGGUUGCCUUGCUUACUUCGAGGUUUUACCCUGGGACAAAGACACAGAUGAACUCUGGAGGAUUGUGAAUGUGAUGAAAACCUCUACCGCUCGAGUUGUCAUUGUUUUUGCACAUGAGAGUGGCAUGAUAAACCUCAUGGAAGAGGUAGUGAGGCAAAAUGUAACUGGCCUACAGUGGGUGGCCAGUGAAGCCUGGACAGCAGCUGCUGUGCUCCAAACACCUCAGCUUAUGCCAUACCUGGGUGGUACACUGGGUAUUGCCAUUCGUCAUGGGGAAAUACCAGGGCUCAGAGAAUUCCUGUUAAAAACACGUCCCAAUCUACAUCACAACAAUAGCUAUGGGAAUAGCAUGGUGAAUCAGUUUUGGGAAUUCACAUUUCAGUGCAGAUUUGCACCAGCUCCACCAGGCUGGCUGGAAGGUGGAGGUGCAUUAUGCACUGGAAAGGAAGAUCUAGAAAAAGUAGACACUGUAUUUUUGGACAUUUCUAACCUGCGGCCUGAGUACAAUGUGUAUAAAGCUGUGUAUGCUUUUGCACAUUCUCUUGAUGACAUGCUCCAGUGCGUGCCAGGAAGAGGGCCUUUCAGUGGACACAACUGUGCCACGUUGCAGUCACUGGAGCCAUGGCAG